AUGAGCCCAGCCUUCAGGGCCAUGGACGUGGAGCCCCGCGACAAGGGCAUCCUGCUGGAACCCUUUGUCCACCAGGUCGGGGGGCACUCGUGUGUGCUCCGCUUCAACGAGACGACCCUGUGCAAGCCCCUGGUCCCCAGGGAGCACCAGUUCUACGAGACUCUCCCAGCUGAGAUGCGCAAAUUCACUCCCCAAUACAAAGGUGUGGUAUCCGUGAGCUUCGAAGAAGACGAAGACAGGAACUUGUGUUUAAUAGCAUAUCCAUUAAAAGGGGACCAUGGAACUGUGGACAGUGUAGAUAAUUCAGACUGUGAACCAAAAAGUAAGCUGCUCAGGUGGACGAACAAAAAACAUCACGUUCUAGAAACGGACAAGACCUCUAAGGAAUGGGUACGGCAACACCGGAAAGAGGAAAAGGUGAAGAGCCAUAAGUUAGAAGAAGAAUUUGAGUGGCUGAAGAAAUCUGAAGUUUUGUACUACAGUGUAGAGAAAAAGGGGAAUGUAAGUUCUCAGCUUAAACACUACAACCCUUGGAGCAUGAAGUGUCACCAGCAACAGUUACAGAGAAUGAAGGAGAAUGCGAAACAUCGGAACCAGUACAAAUUUAUCUUACUGGAGAACCUGACUUCCCGUUACGAGGUGCCUUGUGUCCUGGACCUCAAAAUGGGGACGCGCCAGCAUGGUGACGACGCUUCCGAGGAGAAGGCAGCUAACCAGAUCCGCAAGUGCCAGCAGAGCACGUCGGCAGUCAUCGGUGUGCGCGUGUGCGGCAUGCAGGUGUACCAGGCGGGCAGUGGGCAGCUCAUGUUCAUGAACAAGUACCACGGACGGAAGCUGUCGGUACAGGGCUUCAAGGAGGCACUUUUCCAGUUUUUCCACAAUGGCCGGUACCUGCGCCGGGAGCUCCUGGGCCCGGUGCUCAGGAAGCUGACUGAACUCAAGGGCGUGCUGGAGCGACAAGAAUCCUACCGCUUCUACUCAAGCUCCCUGCUGAUCAUCUACGACGGCAAGGAGCGGCCUGAAGUGGUCCUGGACUCAGACGCGGAGGACUUGGAGGACCUGUCAGAGGAGUCCGCUGACGAGUCGGCCGGCGCCUAUGCCUACAAGCCCAUCGGCACCAGCUCAGUGGAUGUGCGCAUGAUCGAUUUCGCACACACCACGUGCAGGCUGUAUGGUGAGGACAGUGUGGUCCACGAAGGCCAGGAUGCUGGCUAUAUCUUUGGGCUCCAGAGCCUGAUAGACAUUGUCACAGAGAUAAGUGAGGAGAGCGGGGAGUGA